CUUCAAUGAGUCUCUUUCCUGGGCCAGUCGAUUUAAUAAUGUUCGUGGCCCUCCUACAGCGGCCUGGGUUUCGACGUUUCGAAACAAUCGGCCCUCAGAGGUUGUCGGCGAUAACUGCGGAUCAUUCAAUUGGAGCUGCAAAGUGAGAUUCGAUGUUGGUAUACAAUGGAUGGUACGGUUUGCGGUGCCUGGUAGAGUAAUGAAUGGCGAUGAAAAGAUCUGUCAUGAGGCUGCCACGAUGCAAUUUAUCAAAGACAAGACGAAUAUCCCUGUACCGUCGAUCAUAGCAUGGGGACUCAGUGAUGAGAACCCGCUAGGUCUGGGAGCAUUCAUCAUUAUGGAGUUCAUUGAGGGAGGAGAUCGAUAAUAAGGAGGCGGAAUUCCAGGCACUUAAGGAAAGAGUGGAAAGAGAGGAGAUAGAGGAGGGAGGCUCUGACAUAUAGAUCGUGGCAUAUAUAGAGAACCAGCC